GCCGCGGCGCGCAGCUGCACCCGGCCAGCGGCUGCGGUCGGGGCCAGGCGGGGCGGGGCGGGGUCCCGGGCGGCCCUGCGCCAUGAAGCUGACUCGGAAGAUGGUCCUGUCCCGGGCCAAGGCCUCGGAGCUGCACAGCGUCCGGAAGCUCAACUGCUGGGGCAGCCGCCUCACAGACGUAAGUAUUAUGCGGAACAUCUCCAAAUGCUCUCUGGUCCCAAAAGUGGAAUCCUGUCCCCCAAGAGGACCGUUAAAUUUGCUGAACUGCAUGCACUCAGUUCAACCCCAAAUCUGCGUCAACAGCGUCUCCUCCCUGGAGCCCGUGAGCCAGUGCCAGCAGCUGAGCGAGCUCUACCUGCGGAAGAACCGCAUCCCCAGCCUGGCGGAGCUCUUCUACCUGAAGGGCCUGCCGCGCCUGCGCGUGCUGUGGCUGGCGGAGAACCCGUGCUGCGGCACCGACCCCCACCGCUACCGCAUGACCGUCCUGCGCAACCUGCCACACCUGCAGAAGCUGGACAACCAGACCGUGACCGAGGAGGAGCUGUCCCGCGCGUUGAUGGAGGGAGAGGAGGUCACGGCCCCCGGCGGAGAGGGCACGGGGAGCGGCCGGCCCGAGAUGUCCUACGCCCUGAGCGCCGCGGACGCCGCUGCUGACACCCAGCAGGACACGCUGAGCUAUGGCGAGGAGACGAGCGUCCAGGGCCAGCUCGGCCUCAAGUCCCCUUCCCGGGACCGCUUCCCUUCCUUCUCGCACAGGGAAGCCGUGAGCAGUCGCAAGAACAGGAACAACGUGCUGACCGCCAUCCUGCUGCUGCUGCGGGAGCUGGACGCCGAGGGGCUGGAGGCCGUGCACCAGACUGUGGUCAGCCGGCUCCAGGCCUUGCAGAAGCAGGAGCAGCAAGAGGACGUGGAGUGACCCUCAGCGCGACCCCGAGCUGCCAGGCCUUCCUCCCGCAACCCCGUGCCCCAGCCCCUGGGAGGUGCGGGGUCACCAAUACAGCCAUGGCCUCCGCCGGACCCCGCUGAGUCCCAGCCUAUGGUCUGUGUCCCAAGAGGCUCAGGACUGCCCGGGAAGGCCACGCCCUCGGUGUGGACGGUGUGGAUGGUGCCCUGGCGGAGCAGGAGGGGCAGCAGGCCCCGUGCUGGGUGCCCUCCCCUGAGGGGCGCAGGUGCACGCCAGCCUGCACAGGGGGCCCACCUGGGCUUGGCGCUUCCCGCCGUGGCAGCGCCACCACUGUCCCUAAUAAAUGUCUUCCCAGAGUCUGACCCG